CAUGUGAAAGGGGAACCGAUGAAGCAUCUCUACUCCAGGACACUCGGACUGGUUCAAGCUAUCGACCCGUAUCAGAGCCUCCGUCUGACACCAUACAGCCACUGGGGGUAUGUGCAGUUGAUCUAAAGGGUGUCUGAAGAUUGCCACGAGUCCUCUUCAUAACCCUCUCCUGGUUGGUUGAUCCUGUGCCCAACACAGCUUGCUCUGUUGGAAUGAAACGGCUUCACAGUGAUGAUGCCGACCAGUCCGAGGUCACUGACGAAACCGGUUUGAAUCCGGACACGGAUGAUGUGUUCACCGAGGAUGAGGAGCUGGAAAAUUCCUUUCCAGCUCCCAAGUAUUCCACUGUGUCCAAGAGUCCAUUGUUGUCCACUCCCAACCUUUUAAAAAGGACACAGCAACACUCUCACUUUCGGGAAGGUGAUGCCUCAAAAGCCAAGGCACCAAUGGAUUCCUUUUUCUCAAAAGGCUAUCCUUCACCAAAAUCCAGUAGACCGGCAGCACAGGAGAAGAUUAAGAUGCAACCUUUGAGUUCAGUUAGAAGCAGUGAAGGAAAUUCAGCACUCAAAGUCUAUGAGUGGCGAUGGUUGUUUGAAGUAGCAUCCAAAGGCAAGGCCAGCGAGUUAGAUGGAUUACUGGAGUACCUGAUCAAAAACAACGAACGUCUCACCGACUGGAAAUUCAGAGACCCAGAGACUGGGAAAACAGUUUUACUGAAGGCGCUAUUAAACCUGAAUAACCAGCGGAACGAUACCAUCCCUUUGCUGCUGGACAUCGCAGAGAAAACCGACAACCUGAACCAGUUCAUCAAUGCGGCCUACAGCGACAGCUACUACAAGGGUCAGACUGCACUACACAUCUCCAUCGAGCGCCGGUGUCUACAUUUCGUGGCGCUCCUGCUUCGGAAUGGCGCUGAUGUCCACGCCAAGGCCAAUGGGCUAUUCUUCAUGCAAAAAGAAAGCCAAACUGGCUUUUACUUUGGGGAACUGCCUCUCUCAUUGGCCGCCUGCACAAACCAGUUGGAUGUGGUGACACAUUUGCUGGAAAACCCGUACCAACCGGCUGACAUCGCAGCAACAGACUCAAUGGGGAAUAAUGUGCUCCAUGCGCUGGUAUCCGUCUCCGAUAACACCAAGGAGAACACCAAGUUUGUCACCCAAAUGUACGAUCACCUGCUGAGGAUGGGUGUGAAGAUCAGACCAGAGUUGAACCUGGAAAGUAUGAAGAACAAGAAAGGGCUGACUCCUCUAAAGCUGGCUGCAAAGACAGGCAAAAUCGAGAUAUUGAAACAAAUCAUUGAGAGGGAAAUCAACGAUGAGAAAUGUCGACACCUGUCAAGGAAAUUCACAGAAUGGGCGUACGGUCCAGUGCACUCAUCGCUCUAUGACCUCUCCGCCCUCGACACGUAUGAGGAAAUGUCGGUGUUGGAGAUUAUCACCUAUGGCAGUGAGACUCCGAACCGACAGGAGAUGUUAAACUUAGAGCCGCUGAAGCACCUGUUGCAUGAGAAAUGGAACACCUUUGCCAGCUACAUCUUUUACACCAAGUUCUUCAUUUACUUUUCCUACAUGAUCAUCUUCACCACAACAGCCUACAACAGGAUUGAGGAAGGAAAGCCCCCAUUCAAAAUUGAGGCCAAAAUGGAAAGCUACUUGCGGGUUACUGGACAAGUCAUUACGACCCUCGGAGCGCUAUACCUUUUCUGUCAAGGGAUUGACGAAGUCUUUCUACGAAGGCGGCGGACUCCAAAAUCAAUCACAAUUGAUGGUUACUGUGACAUUUUAUUCUUUCUCCAGGCCCUGUUGUUGCUGGGCUCCUCUGUGCUGUACGUAACUGGACGGGAAGAAUACGUGGGACUUAUGGUGAUUGGAUUGGCAAUAGGCUGGAUCAAUCUACUCUAUUACACACGAGGCAACCAACGAAUGGGCAUCUAUAGUGUCAUGAUGCAGAGAAUUCUCCUGACAGAUAUUAUGAGCUUUCUUCUCGUGUACAUGGUCUUCCUCUUUGGUUUUGGAGCUGCUCUGGUGGUGCUUAUCGAAGAUCGUAUUUACAAUAACACCAAACCAGGAUGUCAGAAGGAUACUACGUACAAGAAUUUUCAGACAACAUUCUUGGAGCUUUUCCGCUUUACCAUUGGGAUGGGAGAUCUGGAGUUCACCGAGAACUACAGAUUCAAAGAGGUUUUCAUCUUUCUGCUGAUAUUGUAUGUCAUCCUAACGUAUAUCCUCCUCCUCAACCUAUUAAUUGCAUUGAUGAGCAAGACAGUGGAAAAGAUUUCCAAGGACAGUAAAAGUGUUUGGAAACUUCAGCGAGCAAUAACAAUUCUGGAUUUAGAGAAAAGUCUGCCUAGGUUUCUAAGGGCGAGGUUCCGCUCGGGUGAGCCUGUGAUUGUUGGCCUUAUGCUCAAUGGAAGAGAAGACCAGAGAUGGUGUUUCAGGGUUGAUGAAGUUAACUGGACGCAAUGGAACACAAACCUUGGACUCAUCAACGAGGAACCAGGAAAUUCUGAGGUUGUCAGAAGGAACACUGGGAGCAGAAGGACAACAGCUCGCCGGGAGAGGAGUUGGCGGACGAUACUGCCCCUACUGAAGGAGAUUGAACCUGAGAAAGAGAAAGAGGAAGUGCGAUUGCAUGAGAUGAACACCACCCCAGCAAGACGGCUUCCCAUACACUCGCAUGACGCAACUACAAAAGUAGUUUAAUAUUAGAACUGUGUGUGUUGGAGCAAUGCACGGGACACUGUCUUAGAACAGCUAAUACAGUCAAACCUUCAUUAGCCUCCAAAAUUAGGGUUGCCAACCCUCCAGGAUUGCCCUGGAGUUUCCAGAAACUGAAGAUUAAUCUCCUGGACACCAGAGUAAAAUCAUUGGUAAUACUCAAAGAAAUGUGUGUUUUUAUUUUAUUAAAUAUUUUUGUUUAUUAGUUGUUAUAAUA